GGGUAGAAGGACGCGGGAUGGGGCUGGGAGAGCCGGCUCUGCCUCAGGGAAGGAGGGGAUGAGAGUUGGGGAGAACCACGGGAGGAGGAGGAGGAAGAGGAAGAGGAGGCAGCCGCUGAGGAGCCAACGCUGGGUCCUGCAGUAAGACUCCCAGGAGCCACCAUCAUGGUGAAGAGGAAGAGCUCUGAGGGCCAGGAGCAGGACGGCGGCCGCGGCAUCCCCUUGCCCAUCCAGACCUUCCUGUGGCGGCAAACCAGUGCAUUUUUGAGGCCUAAACUGGGGAAGCAAUAUGAAGCCUCUUGUGUGUCCUUUGAACGAGUGUUGGUAGAAAACAAGCUGCAUGGCCUCUCUCCGGCCCUCUCUGAAGCCAUCCAGAGUAUUUCCAGAUGGGAGCUGGUGCAAGCAGCUUUGCCUCAUGUCCUCCACUGCACGGCAACCCUCCUCUCCAACAGGAACAAGCUGGGCCACCAGGAUAAACUGGGUGUUGCUGAGACAAAACUCCUGCACACCCUCCACUGGAUGCUCCUGGAGGCCCCCCAGGACUGCAACAGUGAGCGGUUUGGGGGCACAGACCGAGGAUCCAGCUGGGGUGGCAGUAGCAGCGCUUUUAUCCACCAGAUUGAAAACCAGGGUUCUCCAGGGCUGCCUUGCCAAAGCAGCUCCAACGAUGACGAAGAGAACAACCGAAGGAAGAUAUUCCAUAACUCCAUGGCUACUGUGGAGCUCUUUGUGUUUCUGUUUGCUCCUCUCGUCCACAGGAUCAAGGAAUCUGACCUCACGUUCCGUCUGGCCAGCGGGCUUGUUAUAUGGCAGCCCAUGUGGGAGCACAGACAGCCCGAAGUCUCUGGCUUCACGGCACUGGUGAAGCCCAUCAGGAACAUCAUCACAGCUAAGAGGAGCUCUCCUAUUAACAGUCAGAGUCAGACCUGUGAAUCACCAAAUCAGGACACAAGACAUGGAGAGGGCCUCCAGGUGGUCUGUGAAACCUUCCAGUCAGAUUCCAUCUCCCCCCAGGCCACCAUGUCAGGCUGCCACCGAAACUCAUUUGAUGGAAGUCUGUCCUCCCAAACUUCCCAGGAAAGAGGUCCAUCGCAUUCCAGGGUCUCUCUUGUGAUACCUCCAUGCCAAAGGUCCCGCUAUGCCACCUACUUUGAUGUUGCUGUUCUUCGCUGCCUACUCCAGCCCCACUGGUCUGAGGAAGGCACUCAGUGGUCUCUGAUGUAUUAUCUACAAAGGCUGAGACACAUGUUGGAAGAGAAGCCAGAGAAGCUCCCAGAGCCAGAUAUUCCCCUCCUGCCCAGACCCAGGAGCAGCUCAAUGGUGGCAGCAGCCCCCUCACUGGUGAACACCCACAAAACCCAAGAUCUCACCAUGAAGUGUAAUGAAGAUGAAAAAUCUCUCAGUCCUGAGGCCUUUUCCAAGGUGUCCUUGACCAAUCUGCGUAGGUCUGCAGUCCCAGAUCUUUCUUCUGACCUUGGCAUGAACAUUUUUAAGAAGUUCAAGAGUCGCAAAGAAGACCGGGAGAGGAAGGGCUCCAUCCCCUUGCACCACACGGGGAAGAGGAGGCCGCGGAGAAUGGGUGUGCCCUUCCUGCUUCACGAGGACCACCUGGAUGUGUCCCCCACCCGCAGCACCUUCUCCUUCGGAAGCUUCUCUGCGCUGGGAGAAGACCGGCGAGGCAUUGAGAAAGGCGGCUGGCAGACCACCAUUCUAGGGAAAUUUACCCGGCGGGGCAGUUCUGAUGCAGCCACGGAGAUGGAGAGCUUGAGCGCCAAGCACUCACACUCUCAUCACACCCUGGUGAGUGACCUGCCGGACCACUCCAACAGCCACGGAGAAAACACCUUCAAGGAAGGUGGGUCGGAGGCUGCGCCCGCAGGCGGGAGUUCAGUGAGAUCCCAGAUCUCCACGAUCACAGUUGCAACCUUCAAUACCACAUUGGCGUCAUUCAACGUAGGCUACGCAGACUUCUUCAAUGAGCAUAUGAGGAAGCUCUGCAACCAGGUGCCUAUCCCAGAGAUAACACAUGAACCCCUGGCCUGUGCGAACCUGCCACGAAGCCUCACGGACUCCUGCAUAAACUACAGCUACUUGGAGGACACAGAGCAUAUUGAUGGGACCAAUAACUUUGUUCACAAAAAUGGCAUGCUUGAUCUUUCUGUGGUUCUGAAGGCUGUUUAUCUUGUCCUUAACCAUGACAUCAGUUCUCGAAUCUGUGAUGUGGCACUAAACAUCGUUGAAUGCUUGCUUCAACUUGGUGUGGUGCCCUGUAUAGAAAAGAACAGAAAGAAGAGUGAAAAUAAGGAAAAUGAGACUGUGGAAAAAAGACCAAGUGAGGGAACUUUCCAGUUCAAAGGAGUAUCUGGAAGUUCCUGUGGAUUUGGGGGCCCUUCAGUUAGUGGAGCUGGAGAUGGUGGAGGAGAAGAAGGAGGAGGUGGAGAUGGAGGAGGUGGAGGAGGCGAUGGAGGAGGAGGUGGAGGAGGUGGAGGUGGCCCUUAUGAGAAGAAUGAUAAGAACCAAGAUAAGGAUGAAAUUAUACCUGUAAGCAACCAUAGGCUUGCUCUAACCAUGCUCAUCAAAAUAGUUAAGUCUUUGGGAUGUGCCUAUGGUUGUGGAGAAGGACACCGAGGGCUCUCUGGAGAUCGUCUGAGACACCAGGUAUUCCGAGAGAAUGCCCAGAAUUGCCUCACUAAGCUGUACAAGCUAGAUAAGAUGCAAUUCCGACAAACCAUGAGGGACUAUGUGAACAAGGACUCCCUCAAUAAUGUAGUGGACUUCUUGCAUGCUUUGCUAGGAUUUUGUAUGGAACCGGUCACUGACAACAAGGCUGGUUUUGGAAAUAACUUCACCACAGUGGACAACAAAUCCACAGCCCAAAAUGUGGAAGGCAUUAUCGUCAGUGCCAUGUUUAAGGCCCUCAUCACACGCUGCGCUUCAACCACACAUGAACUGCACAGCUCCGAGAAUCUGGGGCUGUAUUGUGACAUCCGUCAGCUGGUCCAAUUUAUCAAAGAGGCUCAUGGGAAUGUCUUCAGGAGAGUGGCCCUCAGCGCUUUACUUGACAGUGCGGAGAAGUUGGCACCAGGGAAAAGGGUGGAGGAGAAUGAACCAGAAUCUAAGCCUGUAGGCAGCAAAAGGUCAGAGGCAGGAAGCGUUGUGGAUAAAGGCCAAGUGUCCUCUGCACCUGAGGAAUGUCGCAGCUUCAUAUCUGGUCGACCCUCGCAGACUCCAGAGCACGAUGAACAAAUGCAAGGGGGAAACCUGGGGCGGAAGGAUUUCUGGCGCAAGAUGUUCAAAUCCCAGAGUGCAGCAAGUGACACCAGCAGCCAGUCUGAGCAGGACACUUCGGAAUGCACCACCGCCCACUCAGGGAACACCUCUGACCGACGCGCCCGCUCACGGUCCCGCAGAAUUUCCCUUCGGAAGAAGCUGAAACUCCCCAUAGGUAAAAGGAACUGGCUGAAGCGAUCCUCCCUCUCAGGCCUGGCGGAUGGCGUGGAGGACCUCCUGGACAUCAGCUCUGUGGACCGCCUGUCUUUCAUCAGGCAGAGCUCCAAGGUCAAAUUUACCAGUGCAGUGAAGCUUUCCGAAGGCGGGCCUGGGAGUGGAAUGGAAAAUGGAAGAGAUGAAGAGGAGAAUUUCUUCAAGCGUCUCGGUUGCCAUAGUUUUGAUGACCAUCUGUCUUCCAACCAAGAUGGUGGAAAAAGUAAAAACGUGGUGAACCUUGGAGCAAUCCGACAAGGCAUGAAGCGCUUUCAAUUUCUGUUAAACUGCUGUGAGCCGGGGACCAUUCCUGAUGCAUCCAUCCUGGCAGCUGCCCUGGAUCUUGAAGCCCCUGUGGUAGCCAGAGCAGCACUGUUCCUGGAAUGCGCCCGAUUCGUUCACCGCUGCAACCGUGGCAACUGGCCCGAGUGGAUGAAAGGCCACCACGUGAAUAUCACCAAGAAAGGCCUGUCCAGGGGCCGGUCUCCCAUCGUGGGCAACAAGCGGAACCAGAAGCUGCAGUGGAACGCUGCCAAGCUCUUCUACCAAUGGGGAGACGCAAUUGGCAUCCGAUUGAAUGAGCUGUGCCACGGGGAAAGUGAGAGCCCAGCCAACCUGCUGGGUCUUAUUUAUGAUGAGGAGACCAAGAGGAGACUGAGAAAGGAGGAUGAGGAGGAAGACUUUUUAGAUGACAGUAAGGAGACUCCCUUUACUACAAGAGCCCCUGCUUGUACUGUGAACCCCUCUAAAUGCGGCUGCCCCUUUGCUUUGAAGAUGGCAGCAUGCCAGCUGCUGCUGGAGAUUACCACCUUCCUGCGAGAGACCUUUUCUUGCCUGCCCAGACCACGCACUGAGCCUCUGGUGGACCUGGAGAGCUGCAGGCUUCGUUUGGAUCCUGAGUUGGACCGACACAGAUAUGAAAGGAAGAUCAGCUUUGCCGGGGUCCUGGAUGAAAAUGAAGACUCAAAGGAUUCCCUCCACAGUAGUAGCCACACCCUCAAAUCCGACGCAGGUGGUGAGGAGAAGAAAGUUCCCAGCAGGAAGAACAGGAUAGGAGGCUCCCGCCUGCUCCAGAUUAAAGGAACCCGCAGUUUCCAAGUGAAGAAGGGGGGUUCCUUGUCCAGCAUUCGCCGGGUCGGCAGCUUAAAGAGCAGCAAGUUAUCACGGCAGGACUCAGAGUCUGAGGCUGAGGAGCUGCAGCUGUCCCAGAGCAGGGACACUGUCACUGACCUAGAAGGGAGCCCGUGGAGUGCAAGCGAGCCCAGCAUCGAGCCAGAAGGAAUGAGUACUGCCGGCACAGAGGAGAAUUACCACAGGAACAUGUCGUGGCUUCAUGUCAUGAUCUUGCUGUGCAACCAGCAAAGCUUUAUCUGCACCCAUGUUGACUACUGCCACCCACACUGCUACCUGCACCACAGCCGCUCCUGUGCCCGGCUGGUCAGGGCCAUCAAGCUGCUGUAUGGAGACACCGUGGACUCCCUCCGGGAGAGCAACAACAACAGCAACGUGGCUCUCAGGGGCAAGAAGCAGAAAGAGUGCUCAGACAAGUCCUGCCUGAGGACACCUUCUCUGAAGAAGAGAGUUUCAGAUGCCAACCUGGAAGGGAAAAAGGACUCGGGAAUGCUGAAGUACAUCAGACUGCAGGUGAUGAGCCUGUCGCCUGCUCCCUUAUCUCUGCUCAUCAAGGCAGCACCAAUUCUGACGGAGGAGAUGUAUGGGGAUAUCCAGCCAGCUGCCUGGGAGCUCCUGCUCAGCAUGGAUGAGCACAUGGCUGGGGCGGCAGCUGCCAUGUUCCUGCUGUGUGCGGUGAAAGUCCCCGAGGCCGUGUCCGACAUGCUGAUGUCAGAGUUCCAGCACCCGGAGACGGUGCAGAGGCUGAACGCCAUCCUCAAGUUCCACACACUCUGGAGGUUUCGCUAUCAGGUCUGGCCCCGGAUGGAGGAGGGAGCACAGCAGAUUUUCAAGAUCCCGCCUCCCAGUAUAAACUUCACCCUGCCCUCGCCAGUGCUUGGAAUGCCAUCUGUCCCCAUGUUUGACCCCCCGUGGGUCCCUCAGUGCAGCGGGAGUGUCCAGGACCCCAUUAAUGAAGACCAGUCUAAAUCCUUUUCAGCCCGGGCUGUGUCCCGUUCCCAUCAAAGGGCAGAACACAUCUUAAAGAACUUGCAACAGGAGGAAGAGAAGAAGCGUCUUGGCCGAGAAGCCAGCCUCAUCACUGCCAUCCCCAUCACCCAGGAGGCUUGCUACGAGCCCACCUGCACACCCAACUCAGAGCCAGAAGAAGAAGUAGAAGAAGUCACCAAUCUGGCAUCCCGCCGACUGUCUGUCAGUCCAUCCUGUACCUCCAGUACUUCCCACAGGAAUUACUCCUUCCGCCGAGGGUCAGUCUGGUCGGUGCGUUCGGCUGUCAGUGCUGAAGAUGAGGAGCACACCACGGAACACACGCCAAACCACCAUGUGCCUCAGCCCCCACAGGCAGUGUUCCCAGCAUGCAUCUGUGCAGCAGUGCUCCCCAUUGUUCAUCUCAUGGAGGAUGGGGAGGUGCGGGAAGAUGGAGUAGCAGUGAGUGCUGUGGCCCAACAAGUCUUGUGGAACUGUCUAAUUGAAGAUCCAUCAACAGUUCUUCGACAUUUUCUGGAAAAACUGACCAUCAGCAAUAGACAAGAUGAGUUAAUGUACAUGCUGCGCAAACUUCUCCUGAAUAUUGGAGACUUUCCUGCUCAGACAUCUCACAUCCUGUUCAACUACUUGGUGGGAUUAAUCAUGUACUUUGUGCGGACCCCUUGCGAGUGGGGCAUGGAUGCCAUUUCAGCCACCCUGACCUUCCUGUGGGAGGUGGUGGGCUAUGUGGAGGGCCUCUUCUUCAAGGAUCUGAAGCAGACCAUGAAGAAGGAGCAGUGUGAGGUGAAGCUGCUGGUGACCGCCUCAAUGCCAGGUACCAAAACCCUGGUGGUUCAUGGGCAGAAUGAGUGUGAUAUUCCUACUCAAUUACCAGUCCAUGAAGACACUCAAUUUGAAGCCCUGUUAAAGGAGUGUUUGGAAUUUUUUAACAUCCCAGAAUCCCAGUCAACACAUUAUUUUCUCAUGGAUAAACGAUGGAACCUUAUCCACUACAAUAAGACCUAUGUCCGGGAUAUUUAUCCUUUCCGGAGGUCAGUGUCUCCGCAGCUGAACCUCGUGCAUAUGCAUCCGGAGAAAGGACAGGAGCUCAUUCAGAAACAGGUGUUCACGCGGAAGCUGGAGGAAGUGGGGCGAGUUUUGUUCCUCAUCUCCCUGACGCAGAAGAUCCCCACGGCCCACAAACAGUCCCACGUCUCCAUGCUGCAGGAAGACCUCCUCCGACUGCCCUCAUUCCCUCGCAGUGCUAUCGAUGCCGAGUUUUCACUCUUCAGCGAUCCUCAAGCUGGGAAGGAGCUGUUUGGCCUGGACACUCUUCAGAAGAGCUUGUGGAUCCAGCUCCUGGAGGAGAUGUUCCUGGGCAUGCCCAGCGAGUUUCCCUGGGGAGAUGAAAUCAUGCUCUUCCUCAACGUUUUUAACGGGGCUCUGAUCCUGCACCCAGAAGACAGCGCCCUGCUCAGGCAGUACGCGGCCACCGUCAUCAACAGCGCUGUGCACUUCAACCACCUCUUCUCCCUCAGCGGCUACCAGUGGAUUCUGCCCACCAUGCUGCAGGUGUACUCUGAUUAUGAAAGCAACCCCCAGUUGCGCCAAGCCAUCGAGUUUGCCUGCCACCAGUUCUACAUUCUCCACCGGAAGCCCUUUGUGCUCCAGCUGUUUGCUAGUGUGGCCCCGCUGCUGGAGUUCCCAGAUGCUGCCAAUACUGGGUCCAGCAAAGGUGUGUCAGCUCAGUGCCUGUUUGACUUGCUGCAGUCCCUGGAGGGCGAGACCACGGACAUCUUAGAUAUCUUAGAGCUGGUGAAGGCUGAGAAGCCGCUGAAGUCUUUAGAUUUCUGCUAUGGAAAUGAAGACCUGACUUUCUCUAUAAGUGAGGCCAUUAAGCUCUGUGUUACGGUGGUGGCAUAUGCUCCGGAAUCGUUCAGAAGUCUUCAGAUGCUGAUGGUCUUGGAAGCUUUAGUCCCAUGUUACCUACAAAAGCUAAAGAGGCAGACAUCACAGGUGGAGACAGUACCUGCUGCCCGAGAGGAGAUUGCUGCCACAGCUGCUCUUGCGACAUCCCUCCAGGCCCUUCUCUACAGUGUAGAGGUCCUCACCAGGCCCAUGACAGCCCCACAGAUGAGCAGGUGUGACCAAGGUCAUAAAGGCGCCACCACAGCCAAUCACACCAUGUCGUCUGGGGUGAACACCAGGUACCAAGAACAAAGCGCCAAACUGCACUUUAUCAGGGAAAACCUUCACUUGCUGGAGGAGGGGCAAGGCCUGCCCAGAGAGGAGCUGGAUGAGCGAAUUGCCCGGGAGGAGUUCAGAAGACCCCGGGAGUCCCUGCUGAAUAUUUGCACUGAGUUCUACAAGCACUGCGGGCCAAGGCUGAAGAUCUUGCAAAACCUGGCUGGGGAGCCUCGGGUCACGGCCCUGGAGUUGCUGGAUGUGAAGUCCCACAUGAGGUUGGCAGAAAUUGCUCACUCCCUUCUGAAGCUGGCACCAUACGACACGCAGACGAUGGAGAGCCGGGGGCUUCGACGCUAUAUCAUGGAGAUGCUACCUAUUACCGACUGGACAGCCGAGGCAGUGAGGCCGGCCCUUAUCCUCAUUUUAAAGAGAUUGGAUAGAAUGUUCAACAAAAUUCAUAAGAUGCCUACUUUGAGGCGACAGGUUGAGUGGGAGCCUGCCAGCAAUUUGAUUGAAGGGGUUUGUUUGACACUGCAGAGGCAGCCAAUCAUAUCCUUCCUGCCUCACCUUAGGUCACUGAUCAAUGUCUGUGUCAAUCUGGUGAUGGGAGUGGUAGGACCUUCCAGUGUUGCUGAUGGAUUACCCCUUCUUCAUCUCAGCCCUUAUCUCUCACCACCUCUGCCCUUCAGCACAGCUGUUGUCCGGCUUGUAGCAUUGCAGAUACAGGCUUUAAAAGAAGAUUUCCCUUUAAGCCAUGUGAUCUCCCCAUUCACCAAUCAAGAGCGAAGGGAAGGGAUGCUUUUAAACCUACUCAUCCCAUUUGUGCUCACAGUAGGAUCUGGAAGCAAAGAUAGCCCGUGGCUGGAGCAGCCCGAGGUGCAGCUGCUACUGCAGACGGUCAUCAACGUGCUCCUGCCUCCGCGGAUCAUCAGCACGUCCAGGAGCAAGAACUUCAUGUUGGAGAGCUCCCCCGCUCACUGCUCCACCCCGGGGGACGUCGGGAAAGACCUGCGCAGGGAAGGGCUGGCAGAGUCCACCAGCCAAGCUGCGUACUUAGCUCUCAAGGUGAUUCUCGUCUGCUUCGAGAGGCAGCUCGGGAGCCAGUGGUACUGGCUGAGCCUCCAGGUGAAGGAGAUGGCCCUGCGGAAGGUGGGAGGCCUGGCCCUGUGGGACUUCCUGGACUUCAUCGUGCGGACCCGAAUACCCAUCUUCGUGCUCCUGCGCCCGUUCAUCCAGUGCAAGCUUCUGGCCCAACCAGCAGAGAAUCACGACGAGCUUUCAGCCCGGCAGCAUAUUGCUGACCAGCUGGAGCGGCGCUUCAUUCCCCGCCCUCUGUGCAAGAGCUCCCUCAUUGCCGAGUUCAACAAUGAGCUGAAAAUUCUGAAGGAGGCAGUUCACAGUGGCUCAGCCUACCAGGGGAAGACGUCCAUCAGCACCGUGGGCACCUCCACCUCUGCUUACCGCCUGAGCCUGGCCACCAUGUCCCGCUCCAACACAGGCACCGGCACGGUCUGGGAGCAGGACAGCGAGCCCUCCCAGCAGGCCUCGCAGGACACCCUGAGCCGGACCGAUGAGGAGGAUGAGGAAAAUGACUCUGUGAGCAUGCCCAGUGUGGUAAGUGAACAAGAAGCUUACCUCCUGAGUGCCAUUGGAAGGAGGAGGUUCUCCAGCCACGUCUCUAGCAUGUCCGCACCUCAGGCUGAGGUGGGCAUGUUACCUAGCCAAAGUGAACCUAAUGUCCUCGAUGACUCCCAGGGCCUGGCCGCCGAGGGCAGCCUCUCUAGGGUGGCAAGUGUGCAGAGCGAACCUGGCCAACAGAACCUCCUCAUUCAGCAGCCGCUGGGGAGGAAGAGGGGCCUGAGGCAGCUAAGACGUCCUCUACUGUCACGUCAGAAGACUCAGAAUGAAUCCAGAAACCGCCAUGGAGCUCGGCUGUCAACCACUCGGAGGAGCAUUCAACCUAAAACGAAGCCAUCUGUGGAUCAGAAACGAUCUGUGACCUUCAUUGAGGCUCAGCCGGCUCAGCCUGAGCUAGCAGGUGCCCCAACAGACACACUUCCUGCCACAGUCCAGCCACAAGGCUGCAGCCCAGCCCCAUCUGGGAAGCCAGAAGGAAUGGACAAACCAGUCCUCACAUCUUCCCCGGCCAUUGUUGUUGCUGAUCUUCAUAGACUGUCUCCCAAGCAGAGUGAGACCCUCCCUGCUGAAGGAGAAAAGAAGGAGGACCCAGAAGUACAAGGUGCUGCAGCACACAGCCCCCUCUCUACUCAAAUCUCAGACCCUGAUGACUUCACAGGCCUUGAGACGUCCAUCCUCCUGCAGCACGGAGACACUGUCCUUCACAUCAGCGAAGAAAACGGCAUGGAGAACCCCCUGCUGUCCAGCCAGUUCACGUUCACUCCCACGGAGCUGGGGGAGGCUGGCGUAGACCUGGAUGAGUCGCAUGUUUAGUUCUGCAUCUUGUCCGAGUUGCAGGUGUAGACAAGAUGAGCGAGGGAUCACUUAGCUACAAGUUGAAUACUUUUGCUUGAAAAAAAAAAAGAUGAAAACACAGCACUUUAUAUC